CGAAAAUCAGCUCGAGGAAAAAGUCCGCGAAGACCAAAAAAUAAGAAUUUCAACCAUAAAAUACAUUUUCUUGCAGUCAAGUUCAUGCAAUAAAUAAAUUAUACCAAUGAGUGAGGAAGAAGGAAGCUUGAUUCCUAUUCCAGACGAUCCUGUUGACUGCUCCGAGGAAAAUGACCGAAGAUUGUGGAUUGGUAACCUUGACCUUAAAAUUACAGAGUUUGCCUUGCUGAAGAUCCUACAGAAGUUUGGAUCCUUAGAGCGCUUUGAUUUUCUUUACCAUAAGACUGGGCCAGACCAAGGCAAGCCUCGGGGAUAUUGCUUUGCGUCUUUCUCAUCUAGAGAGGAUGCAUUAAAAGCGAUGAAAUCACUUGACAAAAAACGGGCCCUAUCCAAGCAUAUGGUGGUUAGAUGGGCCCACAAACAACAGGAGCCAGUGGUCAGCAGCACUCAAGAAAGUUCAAAUCAGUGUACAGUAGAUGGAAUAAGCGCUGAAUCCAAGAUUCGAGCCAUUGAAAUGAAGUUAAAGAACAUGGAAAGAAGUCAACAUGACUUCACUAUAUCCACCAGGCCAUCCCAGCAACCUGGAACCAGUAAAUACAGCAGUGCCCAAGCUGGGAACCAGAAAGGAACCCAAAGACAAACAUUUAAACCCUAUCACAGAAAAGAAACCAAAAGAUAAAAAGGUGUGGUUUAGUUUCUUGGGUAAAUUGUUCAAAGGAUUUAUUGUGUACAUGGAUGGAACGACAAAUAUAAACCGAAAUUUCUAAAUGUAUAUAUUUCCAUGAUUUUUGUUAUCUUAAAUGAUAUUCCAUUUCCAAAGCAUCUUUAUGUACAAUCUGAUCAACCCGGCCAUUUUACAUCAAAUACAACCUAAGAUAUUUGGACCGUUUACAGUGUUAUAAUUCUUAACACUUAACUACGCUGCAAGUACAUUGCUUAGUAAUUUCAAUUUAGCAGUUUAACCUAAGAACUUUACUCAUAGGAAUCUUACCUAAUUAUAUAUGCAGAAUACACUUCACUGGGAUUCAAUUUAAACUUAAUACAACCAUUAAAACACUUCAAUAAAUUAUUAUUCUUGUCUUUUUUAUGAACUACUUCUACUGAUGCACUGGCAUACAUUCGAGGUUAUUUUGAUGGAAAAUGGCCGACGUGUUCCAAAUGCUACACAUAUAUUAUGAAACCUAAAGCCCAAUACUGAGCAGUAGUAAUAUAUUUUGACUGUUAUUGGUGAAACCAAAGGUCAUACAAUGUCAUGUAUUAACGAAAAGAUAUGAUUUAUUUAAAGUCAACAAGGCAGGAAACAGCAAUGAACAUAAACAGGGAUACUGUGUAUAUAUACCCAGGGCGCGACACUAACGGUGACCCGAGACACCCAAUUUUCUGGCAAGAUUACCACAUGAAAAGUCUUUGACCCAUUUAAGUCUACGAUUACAUUUGAUAGUAGACUUUUGUUUGAUUAUACCACGAGUGUAGACUUAGGAAUAGAUCGGUUGACUUAAGCACAUAAAAAGUAUGGCGGAGUUAAGGUCCACUAAGUCUACUGCUUUUGAUCGUUAGGUCGACUACCAGGAUCCGACAUUGGCGACUUUAUAAAAUGUAAAAGUCUUUGACCCUUUUAAGUCUACGAUCACAUUUGAUCGUAGACUUAAGAAAUCUUAAGUCUACUUUUGUAUGAUUAUAGCACGAUUGUAGACUUAGGAAUAGAUUGGUCGACUUAAGCACAUAAAAAGUAUGGCGGAGUAAAAGUCUUUGACCCUUUUAAGUCUACGAUCACACUUUGAAAAUAUUUCUUAAGUCGACGAUCACAUUAGCUUAAGUAGACAAUCACAAAGUAAUACUUUGAAAGUAUUUCUUAAGUCGACGAUCACAGUUGCUUAAGUAGAAUAACGAUAAAGUAUAAUUGAAUGUUUGUACCGUUAAACUUGUCACUGCGAGAAGCGUUCGCCAAUACAUCCUUUGUUCAUUAAGACGCCUUUUUUUGUGAGGGUUAAUGAUUUAAUAAGACAAUAACACAUAAACAGAUUGGUCAAUGAUUUAUGUAACAAAAUAUCAAAAUAACUGAAUUAAAAACAAAAAAAAUAUUUACAAUGAAAUAAAAACACACAGACACACAGACAAAACAAUACUAACAUAAUACACUGAAUACAAACAACAACAAUUACAUACAAUGAAUGAAAAUGAAACUAUUUACAAUGAAUGAAAAUGAAACACAGACACACAGACAAAACAAUACUAACAUAAGACACUGAAUACAAAUGAAAAUGAAACUAUUUACAAGAAAUGAAAAUAAAAAUGCCGCUACUUGUCGGAAGAAAAAAAUAAAAUGAAUAAAAAAAAACAACAACAAUUAUAUACAAUGAAUCAAUGAAUGAAAAUGAAACACAGACACACAGACAAAACAAUACUAACAUAAGACACUGAAUACAAAUGAAAAUGAAACUAUUUACAAGAAAUGAAAAUAAAAAUGCCGCUACUUGUCGGAAGAAAUAAAUAAAAUGAAUGGAAAAAAAACAACAACAAUUAUAUACAAUGAAUCAAUGAAUGAAAAUGAAACACAGACACACAGACAAAACAAUACUAAUAUAAGACACUGAAUACAAAUGAAAAUGAAACUAUUUACAAGAAAUGAAAAUAAAAAUGCCGCUACUUGUCGGAAGAAAUAAAUAAAAUGAAUGGAAAAAAAACAACAACAAUUAUAUACAAUGAAUCAAUGAAUGAAAAUGAAACACAGACACACAGACAAAACAAUACUAACAUAAGACACUGAAUACAAAUGAAAAUGAAACUAUUUACAAGAAAUGAAAAUAAAAAUGCCGCUACUUGUUGGAAGAAAUAAAUAAAAUGAAUGGAAAAAAAACAACAACAAUUAUAUACAAUGAAUCAAUGAAUGAAAAUGAAACACAGACACACAGACAAAACAAUACUAACAUAAGACACUGAAUACAAAUGAAAAUGAAACUAUUUACAAGAAAUGAAAAUAAAAAUGCCGCUACUUGUCGGAAGAAAUAAAUAAAAUAACACUAAAACACACAUAGACACGAUUAAAAGUUUAUACAUCGCCAGACGACUUGUGUAGCAGGUGGGCGUCCUUGUAAGCCUUGUGAAUUUUUGAAAGCACAUCUUGGCGCGCCUCCCUCCUCCUGCUUUUACUAUAGACACUGUCGGCCGUCUCCACACGAUGGGCCAUGUGUGCGGCCAGGGCGGUCUGUUCUUCCCGCGCGGGAUCCAUCUCCCUAUGGGUUGACUGCCAACUAACGACCGAGGUUAGCCGUGGGACCUUGUCCCACCCCUCCUCUUUCCCAUGUCUGGCCCAGGUGGCCUCGACCAACUUACUCAUGUUCUGAAAAAUUCAAUUGCACAUUUUCAACAACAGAUAUAGACAUAUGAUAGAACAAUAUUAUCGCUUAAGUCGACAAUCUGAGUAUCUUAAGUAGACGUUCACAGAUAUAUAAAGUCUUAAGUUGACGAGUUUUUCUGGUUAAGUUUACAAUCACGCCUUAAGUCUACGAUCAGAUAUCUAAACACUUAAACUUGGCUGGAUCGGCGCCCCUUUCUCCGUGUUGAACAUCAAAUCCUUCUCGUUUGCCCUCCAGGCAUGCCUCGCAAAAAGCUGGAGGCAGUCAAGGCGCUCGGGGGGAAACCUCUACUGGGCAGCGCUUGCCACUGGCCGCCUCCUUGUGCUGGAUGACCUAAAAUAGAGCAAAUGGUUAAUCAAAUCAAAUCAAGUUAAACUUCAAGAUUCACAGGUACAAAUUUAGUACAUCAAAGGUAAUGCUAAAUAUACUCACAAACAUCUCUGCUCCUCUGUCGCCAGCUCUCGCCUCUAGCACUGCCGACCUCGUGAGGUGGCAGAGGUCCCCUGCCCUCUUAAAAUUUUCCAGGAGGAGAGACACCAUUAAGGUGCCCCUCACCUCCAAAUACUCCGCCCGUGUCAGAGGCUCCUCAAUGGCGCGGACGAGGAGCUGCUUGCAGACUUCUUGGCGUCAACCCGCCAGGAAGCUUCCUGCCUGCCACGCCUGUACUGGGAGGGCGCCGUCUGGAGUUUGGGCAGCUGCUUCCACCUGAAAUAAGAAGAAUAUGAGUUAGGACCCCAGUGCUUUACUUCCAUAGCAAACAUUAAGUCGACGAUCACGGUGUAUUAAGUCUUCAAUCACAGCGAUGCACUUUGAAAAAUAUCCUUAAGUCGACGAUCACAUUAGCUUAAGUAGACAAUCACCUAUAUUAAGUCGACGAUCACGAUGAAGUCUACCGUCAUUAUUUUGUUUGAUAAGAUAUUGUACUCACUCUCUGGAGACAGAUGUCUUUCUUCAGAGAGGCUGCCACGGCCUUUAUCUUGGAGGCAGUGACGACGGUCUCCUCGUGAGUUAUGUCCACCUUCUUAAGGAGGUCCACCUCCCCUGCGAGGAAUGUCAAAAAUGAAGCCACGUGCCCCAAAUAUAGCCGUGCGGAGACUGGUUGGAUGCUGAAAUAAGAAAUUACGAUGUAUACAUGAUCUUUGGGACAUAAAACAAAUUACGUGUAAUAUGAUGUGUACAGCAUAUACAUUAUAUGAAAACUUACGUCUUCUUUUCCAGCAGCUGAUCAACAGCUCCACCGCUCAGACCCAGCUGGCGAAGGUGUCGGACAAUCGUGUCUCUUGUUAGCUGGGUCAAAAAUGUCCGUACUCCGGACAGGUGCGACAUGACAGUUGCUCCGGUCCGCUGGUCUGCCGUGGACCGAUCUCGGAGGUGUUCACUGUAAAAGACAAACAAAUCAUUAUUUCAUAUUUCAGCGUGAGUGUCUAUCAUAAAGCUUAACAUUUACCGGUGAUGAAAGCUACUCACCUGUAUCUUUGCAAGGCCUCCUGCAGAUUGGUGGCACCCAGCUCUUCCGUCUCUGGACACAGACCAGACUGUUCGAGCGCAGCAGCAUAAAUAUUGCUCCCUUUCGCCAAGGCGUGAAUACGCUGUAGGUGUAAAUCCAUGCGGCCGGUCAGACACUCACAGAUCGCACAGGAAAAACGCCUCUUCUUUUCCGCCGGCUGCCGGUCUUCUGCGAGUAUUGGAGGCCUCUUCCCAUCGUGCACCUGCCGGUAAUGUCGGGCCAGGUUCACGGCAGCUCCUUUGCACCCCGGCCUCCGGCAUUGCUGUUGAUAUUUUGUCUGCAGAAAUAUUUUGUGUUGUUAAGUCGACGAUCACAGUGUAUUAAGUCUACAAUCAGAGCGAUGUACUUUGAAAAAUAUCCUUAAGUAGACGAUCACAUUAGCUUAAGUAGACAAUCACAAAGAAAAACUAUGAAAAUAUUUGUUAAGUCGACGAUCAUGUAUGCUUAAGUCGACGAUCGCCAAUUAAGUCUACGAUCAAAAUUAAAUCUAAGAUCAUGAUCAAACAGGAAGAUAAAAUAAACUUACAGUGGCAGACACUGAAGUCUUCGCACAUCGCCGAGGGGCAGGGGCGCGCUUCCUCCUUGCCUGUGCCUGCACGGUUGAGGGUGGGGGGGUGGACGCUGAGGGCAGUAGGCGGGCUCUUCUUCCUCUGCCUCGCUUGAAGUCUGCUUGCGUGGCGGCAGGUACCCGACCCCGAACUCUGGAAGAUAUCUUCCGGCUCACUGUAAUAGACAAGCAAAUUAGUCCUGGUACAUUUUGUAAACACUCACUGCAAUAAACUAUUAACAGGUAUUGUAUAAGUACUUACGAAUGCACGUCGUCAGCCGCGGCUGAGAACGGAGGGGUGGACGGUGAGGGCGGUAGGCGGGCUCCUCUUCCUCUUCCUCUGCGUCGGUGGCAGGUUGCUUCGGCAGGUCCUCCGACCCCGCACCUUCGAAUAUGUCUUCCGGCUCACUGAAAUAGACAAGCAAAUUAGUCCUGGUACAUUUUGUAAACAUUCACUGCAAUAAGCUAUUAACAGGUAUUGUAUAAGUACUUCCGAAUGCACAUCGUCAGCCACGGCGGGCUCCUCUUCCUCUUCCUCUGCGUCGGUGGCAGGUUGCUUAGGCAGGUCCUCCAACCCCGCACCUUCGAAGAUAUCUUCCGGCUCACUGUAAUAGACAAGCAAAUUAUCUUUGCUUGUAAUAAAUUUUGUUAUUUUCCAUUAAUAAAUUUGGUUAUUUUCCAUUAUAUGGACUAUAACCUACACACCACGGUUCUCUUGUUUCUUCAUAUGUUGCUAUAAGUGCAUAUUAAGCCACAUGAGGCUGCUUGUUUGUUCCCUUGAAUCGGUGUAUAUUUCUUGAAUAAAAUUAUUUGUUUUGGCCUUAACCUAACAAUUGUUUCUUUUAUAUUCCUAUCCAAGUAUGGAAAUAAUUUUGUUAUAUUUAGCUCAAGGAACUGAAAAUUUAUAUUGAAUUAACACAUGAACAUGACCGACGGAAGAUGUGAUGUUCUUCCAGCAUUUCCAGCUCAUUUGUUGGACUAGAAUGCUCGCAGGCCAAAUGUGGAUAACAGACACCUGAUGAUCCCAAAAGCUCACCAUAAGCUUAAGUAAUACCUAUAAGUUUCAUAGAACCAUUCAAACAUUAAACUAUCAAGUGACAAUCACUGCAAUGUAGAGAUGCCAUUAAAUGGGAUCUAUACUCCUGUAUAACACUGAUUUUCAACAUCUUUGGUCAUUUAAAGGCGGUCGGUUAUCCUUACCCUCUGUUCCCGGGUGAACCAAUACUAAGCCAAAUCGCAGAGGUGGAGGCCUGACUCGAACUCGGAACCUUCAGGUUACUAACCUAGCAUAUUACCAGCUGUGUCACCAAGGCCUUCAUUAUUUAGAUAUUUCAAAUUAAAUUUGAACAAGAAAAUGUGUCCAUGGAACACGGAUGCCUCGUUCGGCAGUCAGAUGGAUGGAUGAACAGAUGGACAAAUGUAGGGUCACAAAUACAAAUAUCUUUUUAUAUAUUUAACAAUUAAACAAAAGAACUUUAAACAAGUAUUAAAUCAAAUAAACAUUUAACAAAAAUUAUUUUUGAAGAGCAUUAACAUUUAAUAUCAUAUUAAUAAAAGAGAAUAUUAUACAAUUAAUUGUGUUUUUUGGCACAUCAACUUAAAUGUAGGUCAUAAUGUGUUUAUGUGUAUUGUAUUGUACAAUGUUUUCAAAGGUCCUGUACUAUAGAGACAUGGAAGGCUUGAUCGUAUAGUAAAGUAAAACCUCAGGCACUUUUGUUCAGCAAAUCUUACAAAUACAAUAUCUAAGGCUAUCGUAAUUACUCAUUCUUUGGCCAGCGUGGCAUUCACAAACAGUGUAGACCCUGAUCAGACUGAUCAGGGUCUUCACUGUUUUCCUCUCCUACAGAUCAUUUUGUCCAAUUUUUAGCAUAACAGUUUCCACAAUCAAUAUCCAGAGUGGUCAAAGACUUUGAGUAUUUACGGUAAUCAAAAGACCAGUUCUAUGUACCGCUGUGAGUAGAUCAUGAACUAUUAUAUAAGAACUGCACCAAAGAUGCACACAUAUUACAUUUACCAGCCAACAUACCAAUACAGAUUGACGCAUCAAACCUGGUGUACAUGACCAAUCAUCUGAGCAGCUCUGCUGUGGCUGAUCUAUUUGUUAUGAUUUGCUUAAAACUUUAAAAAUAUCAGUUUAAAUCAAAUUAACACUCGCAAAUAAUACAGAAAUAAAAUCACAGAAAAAUAAAUAUUAAAAAGAUAUAAAACAUAAUGUAAAUAAAUUUCAAUUCACACAAUAUAAAUCACUUUAAAAAUAAUGAUAUGCAACCAUUGGACUUUUUAAUAAAUAUUAUAAAGCAAAAAAAGAAAACCUUAUGCUAUGAUUCUGGAAUGAAUAAAUCAACAACCCAAAUAUAAUUCCAACAAUAAAAUAAUAUCAAUAGACCAAUUAUCAUAUGGAUUUCAUUGAUGCUAUAAUAAAUACAGAUUACCAACGGAUGGUGGGAUACGAAUCGUUGCAUCGGACUCUCGGCGUACUUGGCGGAAACACCAGAUCACACUUUCCGCGAGUGUGAUCAGGUGUUUCCGCAAAGUACGCCGAGAUUCCGAUAGGAUUCGUAUCCCACCCUCCGUUGGUAAUCUGUUUAUUAUAUGCCUCUAUUCUGUGUCUAAGGGUUAAAUUCACACAAUAACAUAAAUUCUAACACGAUACCUGACGUUGCCACUGUAAACAAAGAACAAAUCUAUUGUUGUUAAUUCCGCAAUGAAUAACGGUUGACAUUUUGACGUCAUUGUUUACUUAACGACAUCAAUGGUUGCUAUUCGACGUGAGCUACAGUGGAAUACGGAAUCGGAUUCCACUCAGUGGAAUACAAGGUUCCGUAUUCCACUCUAGGAAUACAACGGAAAAUACCCGAUAUCAGAGAGAGGCAUAUAAUAAAUGUUUAUAUUAGUAUUGAGCCUUUGCAAGUUAAUCUAGCAUCUAUGUACAAAGAUACAUUAAUACGGAUCUAUUCUAUAAAGAUUCACCACACCAGUUUAUUACCUUUGAUUCUCCAAUUGGAAACACUUAUAAUUGAACGAUCCCCAAAGCGCAACAUAAUGAAGUCAAAAUGCCAUUAUUUGGGGACUAUACUAUAGCCACCACUAUUCUAUGUUUACCAUUGAUUGGGGAUCGCUCAAGUACAAGCUACUCCUGCAGCUGUAAUAUAUCAUUUUCACAAUUCAAUAGCAGUAUUUACGGAACAUUUUUUUCAAAGUUCACAAAAAAAGAGAGUGAAUUCUCAUCAUUUAAUACAUGGGUGAAAGUGUUUGAAACUGAAAAGCCCGAAAUAGCCAUGGGAAACCGCAUGGAUGAAAAACAAAAUCAUGUAUUAAUGCAACAAAGUCCACCAGUACAAAAAAAAUCGGCAACACUUCCCCAUAGGACAGAGCCAAAUUUGAUUUAUAUAAUACUGUUGCAUGACUUUUAAAUAGGAGUUGGACAAGACAGAAAUAGAAAAGGCUUGGUCUAGUAUUUCUGACUCAUAAUUGGCUAGUGCCCGUGUUCAGAAAUACCACCUUUUCCCAGUUAGAUAGACAAUAAAACUCUGUUACCUGUUAUCCCAGUCUUCUGAUUAGAUCAUGCAAAUUCUGAUGUUCGCUUUAUUGUUUAAAUCCUAAGCAUAUAUGCCUCUACAAAUUCACUAGACAUAUACAUUAUUGACAGUCCGCAAGACACCAUUCUCCGUUUCUGGUUAAAAAAUUCUCUGUUAUUCAGUCAUUCUAUAUUUAUUUAUAGCAACUUCCGAAACUUUGAAAAAUCAUUAAAAAAUGACGGAAAAACUAAACAGAUUGUGUUGAAAGAACUUUUCCUAUAUAGAUCUAUAUGUUGGAAAAAAGAUGUGGACAGAAGAUCGGAACUGACCGAGAAUUUACGAUUUACGAUAACGGCAAGAACGGUGGAUAACGGCAAGAAACUUACACCCAUGUAAUUAUAUACAACCUAAAAUAACUUGUGGUCGAAAUGUUAAGGGGACGAAACAUUCGGAUUUAUAACAUUUACGCAAUACGUACAAAUUAUGAUUUCUAAUAAAAUUCUAGACAACUGUUGUCAAUUUGGUAUACUUACCACGAAACAUAUCCACACAUGCGGCGCAACUAUUGGUUUCUAGCCAGUUUUGUAGGUUGGUCUUCGACCACAACUUUACAAAUUCUGGCGCCUCCGCCAUCUUGUUGUCAAGGGACGCAACUUCUUCUGAUUUCCAGUACCGCGGAACCGACUCGUAAUAUCGUGAAAAUUUGUAUCCAAACCAAUUCUGUACAUGACGUUCGGUAAAAUAUGUUAUAUGGAUAAAAAAAAACGGUAUUUCACCAUCGGGCAGUGAAUAUAAAUGAGCAGAUAUGGUCAGAAGCAAAAAAGAAAAUGACGCCCCCCUAUAGAAGCGAAAUUGGACUUCUCACCACCCCCUACAGUAGCAAAUUAAGAAAAAGACCUACCCCCUACAGAAUUUCUUUAUUUUGCCGUCCUGGGGUGGGACAUAUGUUUAACUGGAAAAGCCCUUACCGUAUUAUAUCAUGUAUAGGACGCUAGCAUAGAUAGGACGCAGGCAAAAAAAUAGUUGAAAAAACGCGUAAAAACCCUUAAUAUAUAAGAUAGGACGCAGCGGAAAAAUGUCAAAAUUGGAGCCGAAAAAUUGAGGUUGGUCAAGUAUUUAUAACAUAUAUUGAAGUAAAAAAAAAAAUGUAUAUAAGGCAUAUUUCGAUAACUGUCUUGUGUAUUUCGAUAAUUAUCGUCGUAUUUCGGUAAUUUAGCAUUUCGGUAAUUUAGUGUUCACAACAAUGAUAGAAGUCUUGAAAUUUUAAGAACAUUCACACACAUUAUAAGACUUAUACAAAUGCUGUAAUAGUCCCGACACGCCUUCUGACUGACAGUCAACCGUUGCAAUAGUUCCGACAUGCCUUCUGAAUGACAGUCAACCAUUGCAAAACUGUGUAAAACUGAUGAUUGUUUUGAUAAGGCUUGUCGCUGCACGGAAUAAAGCAUGUCAGGCAUAAUUAAUGCGUGUCGGUAAUUAUCCUUGCCAGCGGAAGGCUUGACGGGUAAAGUGCGAACAAUCAACCAUACGGUAUUACCAUAGCAAUAGUUCGUUCUAUUGAUGUUUUUCUAAUGACAGACAGUGGGUGUUUUUCACACCUUCGCACAUUUGAAAAGAUUUGAUAGUGACAAUAAUGCUACUUUGCGUUAUGCACAUUCCUUUAUUAAUUUUUUUAAAACAGUAACAUACAACAAAAUGUUUUGUAAAGUAUCGAAACAUUAAAAUCACGAACAACGAUUAAUUGAUAUUUACCUCCUUUCCCGAUUUUCCAUUGCCGUUAUAACUCAAUCCAGUUAAAUGCUGACUCACAUCGAGUUUUUGUGAGUAGCGUCCCUUUUGUAAAAAAAGUAAACACUCAUGUUUGUUUUCAAUUUAUUUCUCAAUAAAUCAUUUUAAAGUAAACAUUCAAUAUAUUUCUGCGUGUGUUAACUUGCGUUAUUUUACCUAUGUCAGUUGUUCUCUUCGGUGUCAGACGCAGUACAGAUACUUACUAUUACCGCGUUCUUCCCCGGUCCGAUAUUUUCGACCUGAAAUGGACUUGGAAAAAAACAGAUGAAAUUCUAAUAGCAUAGAAAGGACGCAGGCAAUUUUGAAGAUGAGAAUUGGGGGUAAAAAAGUGCGUCCUAUGCAUGAUGUAAUACGGUAAUCAAAAAAUAUUGUUUAAAAAACAUAAUCAAAUAUUCAUUUACCAUGCAGCUUAGCGGUCUUGUUUAGGUAUUAGGAGAAUACUAGUGCUAACUUGUCGACCUAAAUGCGAAGUGAUAGGUAUAGCGUUUGAAUUUACAGACAAAACAAACCGUACCGAAGUGACAAAAGAAGGUGCGGUUGUGAACCCAAAUGGUAUACAUAAGUCAACGAUCACACCGAUAUACUUCAAUAAACAUAUCUUAAAGUCGACGUUCGCAGCGAUUUACUUUGAUAAAUAUGAAGAAAAUAUCUUAAAGUCGACGAUCACAACCAUUUUAUGGUGUUGGCCACUUGAAUCCAACCCUAACCUAACCCUUUCGAGGUCUACGAUCAUGGAGUAUGACACAAAGUCGACCGUACCACGGGGAUCUUCUUUGCUGACAGGGACAGGACUCGCGUAUUUGGGUAUAAAAGGAAUACUAAAAGAGAUUAUGGAUGUUAAGGAUGGUAAUACGCCUAACAUCACUAAGAUAGAAACUAAGUCGAAGAUGACGUUAUUUCAUGAGAUAUGAGUAUAAUAAACAUUAUUUGUACUAAGUCGACUCUCGAUAUGGAUCGUACCAAUUUUCUAGGGAACCCGCUGGGUCACCAGAUAAAAACACUUUGCCACUGUGGUAAUAUCAAAUAUUUAAAAUUUUUGUCCAAUGAAAAACAAAAAUAAAUACAAAACUAUGCUUUAUUAAUAAAUAAACAAUCGGUGUUCUCUGCAGUGUUUGGUUAAUAAAGUACAUACAGAGAAGCCAGUCUCCUUCUCCUUUAAAAACAACGUCAUUUUAGGAUAUUUAAGAUAAUUGUAAGACCUUAAUUUUAUGAAUAAUCGAUGAAUAAUGACAUUAUCCUGCGGGUCACCUGAUAAAAAAAUUAGUGUCGCGCCCUGUAUACCCAAUAUUAAAUUCUUGUUUGAAUGAGGAAAUUAUGAUUUCUUAUCUUAAAAUAUAUUACUAUUUAUUAAAUGCUUGUUUUGCAUGUUAAGUGUAGAAUUAUUAAUAAGUCGUUAUUUCUUGUUUCAUUUGAUAUGGGAUACUUAGUAUAAUGAAGUCACUCAAUAACCCCCAAUAAGAUUAAAACUUGCAUUGUAUUUAUAGAUUGCUAUUGUAUAAAAAAACAGUUAUAGUAUAACAUAAUGAAAUUCUGUAAAAUCAUAUUGAUUAUAUGUAUUUUCUUUUUACUUCAUGUAUGCUAUUUUUUAAGUUGAAAAUAAAUGUGUAAAUAAAUAGUGUUCUUGUAUAAAAAU